UAUUUCCAUCUCGGGCUAUACAUUUUUUUUAAAAAUUUGUAAAUUUUCUUGAAGCUCUCGCAUUUGAGAGAGAACAUCCUGUGAACGAAAACGGUGGCGGAGAUUUAUAUAUUGCACUAUAUUUAACCCAACCUUCAAGUUAGCUGACGAAACUUUUUGCGUUCUUUCUUCACGAAUGCCAUAUCGAAAGAGUAAAGGUACAACUUAAUAGAUCAUGAAAUAAUGUAAACAAAGAUGGCGGAAGAUUUCGCGAAUUUACUCGCACAGGGAAUAGAAAAACGCCUUUUGUAUGCAGGAAAAGGUGAUUCACCGUCGUAUGAAGAUGGAACAAAGCUGUAUUUUCAUUUCCGAACAGAAAUCUGUGAUGAAAAAAACACAGUCCUUGAUGACAGUCAUAAGUACAAUAAACCACUGGAAAUUAUUCUUGGAAAAAAAUUCAAACUGGAAGUUUGGGAAACUUGUUUACGAUCAAUGAGGUUAAAUGAAGUAGCAAGUUUUACUGUGCAAAAAUCACAUACAUCUGUGUAUCCAGUUGUAUCCAAAACACUAAGAGAAUAUUAUGGAGAAAAGAAGACUCACAAUCAUGAUGAAGGAAAACAUUGCUGUGGUAUGAUGAUGGCUGAGCAUGGAGUGGGUUUCGAUGACCUCAAUGACCUUAUGAAGAAUCCAAAACAGCUUAAGUUUACAUUAGAAUUAUUGAAAUUAGAGAAACCAGAAGACUAUGAAAAGGACUCAUGGACAUUAACAGAUGAAGAAAAACUGAAGAAAAUCCCAAUACUGAAGGAACAAGGCAACAAGUUUUUCUCAGAGAAGAAAUAUUCGGAGGCAGCAGAUAAAUAUUUUGAAGCGCUUGGUUUUCUGGAACAUCUGGUGGUGAAGGAGAAGCCAGGUGAUCCAGAAUGGAACAAUCUAGAGGAUAUGAAGGUCCCAUUUUUAUUGAACUAUGCUCAGUGCAAAUUAUUUUUAAAAGACUAUUAUCCAGUGAUUGAGCACACCUCAACUGUACUCAAACGGGACCCAGUUAACGUAAAGGCCAUGUUUCGCAGGGCCAAGGCACACAUUGGAGCCUGGAAUCCCCAAGAGGCUAGAGAAGACUUUAACAAGGUCAUGACCCUUGACCCAUCACUGGCAACAGCUGUCCAAAAAGAAAUGAACAAAUUAGAAGAAUUACAAAAACAAAAGGACAUUGAAGAUAGAAAUAGAUUAAAAGGACUUUUUAGCUGAGAAUAGCAGUGUAAAAGUCUGUAAUAAAUACCACAUUUUAUUAUUUAAAUGUAUAUUAUUUAUUAUUAACUGUCAGGGUACAUUAUAUGUGUUUAGGAACUCUGAAACAUCUUACUGAAGUUGUCAAUUAAGCAUUACAACCAUUACUUGAAACAAUUAUUGGUUGAGUUUUUAUACAAUUAAAAAGAAAAGAACACAUUGGGCUAAAUUUGUUUUCCUUUGGAAUAAAUCUUCUUGUUUUCUGAACAUCACAAAA